CACUCCUGUCCGCGCGCCGUGCGCUGGUGCCCUUCCUAGCCGUGCCCCAGUCGCGCCGUCGGAGCUGGGCUCACAGCCUCUCCAGGCCUGACGCCGCCUCCAGCGUCCCGCAGCGGGCUGUCGCCAGCCAGCGGCUCGAGAGCGCGUGAGAGGGGCACCAGGGCAGGUGCGGUCCAGCCUGGGGCGCGGGCACAGCUAGUGAGUGAGGGGCGAGGCGCAGGGACACCAGGACAACGAUGAUGGUGGCCACGUGUCUGCAGGUAGUGGGCUUUGUCACGAGCUUCGUAGGCUGGAUCGGCAUCAUCGUCACCACGUCCACCAAUGACUGGGUGGUGACUUGCGGCUACACUAUCCCUACAUGCCGCAAGCUGGAUGAACUGGGCUCCAAGGGGCUGUGGGCUGACUGCGUCAUGGCCACCGGGCUAUACCACUGCAAGCCCCUGGUGGACAUCCUCAUCCUGCCGGGCUAUGUGCAGGCCUGCCGAGCCCUGAUGAUUGCAGCCUCCGUCCUGGGCCUGCCGGCCAUUCUCCUGCUGCUGACAGUUCUCCCCUGCAUCCGAAUGGGCCAAGAACCUGGCGUGGCCAAGUACAGGCGGGCCCAGCUGGCUGGGGUUAUGCUCAUUCUGCUGGCUCUCUGUGCCAUUGUCGCCACCAUCUGGUUCCCUGUGUGCGCCCACCGUGAGACCACCAUCGUGAGCUUCGGCUACUCCCUGUAUGCGGGCUGGAUCGGAGCCGUGCUCUGCCUUGUGGGUGGCUGUGUCAUCGUCUGCUGCGCUGGAGAUGCCCAGGCGUUUGGGGAAAACCGCUUCUACUACUCUUCGGGCUCCAGCUCCCCCACUCAUGCCAAGAGCGCCCAUGUAUAAGACAGCUGCCAGCCUGCCAGCCACGGAGGUGCUGUGGAUGCUGGGCCUGUGGCCCUAGGUUCACUGCCCUAGUUGGGGAAACCCCUCCUCUGUCAGGCUCCAAAGCCAAAGGUCUAGAAUAGCAUCCUCUCUGGCAUUUUGUAGUCUUAAUACCCGCCCCCCCAACCCCAAAUCCCGUUUUGUUGCCUUAAAAUAAAUCUUCAGCAGCUCAGAUAAUGCCCACAUGUUUUUCUCAUGGUUUUGCCCACUAUUACCUCUUGGGCGUUCUUUUGUUAUCCAUAAAAGUUAUACAUUUACAUUUUUUUCUCUCUCUGUCUUUAAAUUUUAAUUAUCUUGCAAACAUUGCUGAGUUGGGCGUGGGGGAGAGAAAUAAAAGACACUUUGCAAACUGUUGUUACAGAUGACAAUGGGAGCCUCAUAAAGAUGCCUCUCUGUUCCCUCCCUCCCCUGCGGCUCCGAGGUCAUUUAGUUAUAAGCUAGAAAGAUAGAACUGGGGACAUGGGGCGGGGGAGGUGGGGGAGUCCCUGAACUUCCCUCCCAUGGGAAAGUCUUUUGUAAGUUGAGGGCAGGGGGGUGGGGAUUUUUUUUUUUUUAGUUUGUGAUUUCACAUUUACCUGUACAUACUUUUUCAAGAUUGAUCAUUUUUAUAACCACGGUUUUCCUGAGAUUCUCAAUGUAGUAUGAAGGAAAGAAACCAAAUAGACUUUCAUUAUGUGAUACAUGAUAGCGCAAGUGAGUAUAACUCUAACUGGCAUUCCACACCAUGUUUUUGGUUUCUAGUUUGUGUGAUGUAGUUUUUAGUUCUACACAUGCAUAUGCUUCAACUUCACAUACUUCAAAGCUAUUUUUUCCUCUCUCUGUUUCCAUUCUGUUAGCCACCUUGAAGCGAUUCUUGUUUAACAUCAAUUGUACUGUUGAAUUUGGCUUUACGGGUGUGAACUCUGACGGUGAGUCAGUAUCUGAGACCCCAAGCUCUCCAAACCUCGAUGGUGCCUUUUGUUUCUGAAGUGAAAUCUGUGCAAUAAAAUAACAGACUGUCUGCAAAAC